AUGGGUUGGAGUUGCGUUGGGUGGCGUCUCGCUGUAGUAUCAGUUAAUGCUUCCCGUAUCAGUAGUUCUCACCUCAACAUCCUGUACAAUAACUUUCUAAUGUACUUUAUUCCCACUGCUGUCAAACAAGAGUGUACUAAUGGGCUUUUUUUUAUUGAUGUGCUCUACAGCCGUCCGAUACAAACGUCAACCAGUACUGCGCUGUACACUACACUGGCUGCCACAACGACAACCACGACUACCUCCACCACGACGGAACCCUCAACAACUGCUGCGGAAGCGCGCCAGUUUGUGUCAUUCUCCACCGUGUCGACGGUUGUGCCGCAGCUGAAUGCUGAGCAUACCUCACCGUUGGCCGCACUGCUGAACGGUGACAUCUUGGAGCAGGAUCGUACCGCACGUCCGUCCGCUGCACAGCAUGCAAACACAGCCGAGGAGGAGCACGACGAGGAACAGGAGCUGGAGCAUGAUCAGGAAGAGGACGAGCAGCAGUUGCACGGCGACGAACUUGAGGAGGAAGACGACGAGGCGAACGUGGUCGGACGGAGCAGCCAGAGUGUGAACGCAGUAGCGGAGGACGAAGAGGACGACGAGCACGAGCAGGACGAGCAUGAGCACGACGAAACCGAUGACGAGGACGAACAGGCGGCCGAGUUGCAUCACCAGCAGGCACUCGCCGCUGGCCAGGACACGGAUGCAGUCGUUUCUACCCUGCCCGAGGACAUACCGGUCGAGCAAAAGCUGAAGCAAAUCACCAAGGAGAUCGAACAGCUUUCCGGUGGGGCGGGUGAUCGCGAACUACGCUUGGACAGCCGUCAGAGCUUCCUGUCGCUGUCCGACCUGAUCAAGAACAUUCGCCCGGCGGAAAAGGUGGUACCGCAGAUCGACUCGUCCUACGCAAACACGAUGCGCGUCCUUGGCGAACCACUCAGUCAGAAAAGAUAA